CGAAAUGCCCACACCUAAUUCAACAUCUCAUUUAACGCAACACUCGUAAGCAAAGUCUAGGUCGGAAGUUGGGGCACGAUCGUUAGUUCCCUUUAACGUCGAACUUCUUGAGUUUCAAAGAUUUUCAAUUGGAUCGACUUCUAUUAUUGUCUUAGCGAAGCCCUUCUCCCUACAAUUUCAUGGUUUUCUUCUUCAACUAGUCGGCGUUCUGGAUGAAUCUCCGCUGCUGGCUUUUCAUCUCUGGGGUUAGGGUUCAUCCUUGCUUUCGGGGAAUUGGAGCUCUCUCUUUCUCCACGCCACUGGGGCUCCUUUAAUCCGACUUGGGUUUUUGUCAGCAUCGAUGGGUCGCUCUCGCGGCAACUUCCACAAUUACGAAGACCCUACGCAGAGAACGAGGAAGAAGAAAAAUGCAGCGAAUGUGGAGAACUUUGAAUCUACAUCGACGGGUAUACUUCUCGUUAAGCCCUUUUGCUCUCUUGUUGGGUCGUCGUCAUGUCCCUCUGUUACUUUGUUUUUCUUUUGUGGAGGCAGUUCAAGGUACUGAGGGAGGUGGAAAAUACAACUGUGACUACUGCCAGAAAGACAUUACAGGAAGGAUCAGGAUAAAGUGUGCUGUGUGUCCUGAUUUUGAUCUCUGUGUAGAAUGUAUGUCUGUUGGAGCAGAGGUUACGCCACACAAAAGCGACCACCCAUACCGAGUUAUGGGGAACUUAACAUUCCCGCUUAUAUGUCCUGACUGGAGUGCGGAUGAUGAAAUGCUUCUCCUUGAGGGACUUGAAAUUUAUGGCUUGGGAAACUGGGCAGAGGUUGCUGAGCAUGUCGGAACGAAGAGUAAAGAAUUGUGCCUUGAGCAUUAUAGAAACAUUUAUUUGAACUCGCCUUUUUUCCCUCUUCCGGACAUGUCACAUGUAGCUGGGAAGAACAGAAAAGAGCUCCAGGCUAUGGCAAAAGGGCGGAUUGAAGACAAGAAAGUGGAGCCGAACAUGAAGGAAGAGUACCCGUUUUCUCCCUCAAAGAUCAAAGUUGAAGAAACACCAAAAGAAUCUCAGGCAGAUAGGAGUUUUGGAGGAAAGAAACCCAUCGCUUCGGGGAACAACUCUUUGGUUGAAUUGAGUAAUUACAACCAAAAAAGACAAGAAUUUGACCCUGAAUAUGAUAAUGAUGCUGAGCAGCUCUUGGCUGAGAUGGAGUUCAAAGAAACUGACACUCCUGAAGAACAUGAACUGAAGCUGCGUGUACUGCGUAUCUAUUCAAAAAGGCUUGAUGAGAGGAAACGUAGAAAGGAAUUCAUACUAGAAAGAAACCUGCUGUACCAAAAUCCAUUUGAGAAGGACCUAUCUCCAGAAGAGAAAGCGCUGUGCCGGAGGUUUGAUGUUUUCAUGCGUUUCCAUUCGAAAGAGGAGCAUGAUGAGAUGCUCCGUACAAUUGUGAAUGAGUACCGCAUGUUGAAAAGGCUCAAAGAUCUCAAGGACGCACAGGCGGCAGGGUGUCGUUCCACGGCAGAGGCAGAGAGGUACCUUGAGAGAAAACGGAAAAGGGAGAUUGAAGAAAGAGCGAAAGAGAGCGGGCAGUUUGGUGGGAAUCUGAACGAUACAGGUUCUAGGCCUUGCGUGCAAGCUUCAUCAAGCUAUGUCAAUGACUUUGACCUUAUCGGUUUCUCAGAGUCUCAGCUGCUGUCUGAAUCAGAGAAACGUCUGUGUUGCGAGACCAAGUUAGUUCCACCAGUGUAUCUUCACAUGCUACAGAUCAUGUCGCAAGAGAUCUUCAAAGGGAAUGUUACCAAGAAGUCGGAUGCUUAUAGCCUGUUCAAGAUCGAUUCGAGCAAAGUCGACCGGGUUUAUGAUAUGCUUGUGAAGAAGGGCAUUGCUCAGCCUUGACACACGCAGAUGCAUAGUUAUGUCUUUCAAAACAACACUUUGGAUUUGUUCAGAUGUCAAUGUAUGCUUAGAUUUAGGAUGAAACUCCGCUUACUUCUGUCGAUUUUUUUCCCUAUAAAACUCCCGGGUUCGGUGACUUCAA